AUGGUAUACCAGAAGGCUCGAGGUCCACUAUUGGGUUACCAUCUAUUGUUAAUGAUUCAACAACUCUUCACUGAAAUCCUGCAACCAGUCCCUUCUGAAGUUGAAACAAUGAGCAUUAACAGGUUGAAAGGAAUGGUUAAAGAUUUUCUGCAACAAAGGAGGAACGUGGUUGUUUUCGAUGAUGUUUGGAAAGUUGAUGUUUGGGAUGCUGUCAAAUCCAUGCUGCCUGACAACAAUUGUGGCAGUCGUGUCAUUCUUACAACUUGUUUAUCUGAUAUAGCUUCUAGUACCUAUCACAAUGAAACUAAUGGUAAUGUCUACACCUGGAUGCCCUUCUCCACAGAGGAGUCUCGGAUGCUUUUUUGCAACAAGACUUUUCAAGGGAACUUAUGCUCUCCACACUCGAAGGAAAUUUCCCAUAAAUUCUUUAAAAAAUUUAAUGAAUUGCCACUUGCAAUUGUCGCGAUAAGUGGUGCUUUGGCUAUAAAGGACCAGAGUAGAAUAGACGAAUGGGAAAUGAUUUAUCGCAACCUUGGUGCUGAAUUAGGGCAAUGA